GUCUCAAGCAUGACAACUCCCAACACCUCCAUAGACAUCGCUCUAGACGUCCCAGGCGGGGUCUGCUCGAUAACUUCACAGCCUCUGGACGUUCAGCAAAUUGUCAAAUAUGUAGGCCCGGACAAUGCUGCGGGCGCUACUGCCGUUUUCAUUGGAAGAACCAUUACACGCCUUGAAUACCAAGCUUAUUCGAAAUUGGCUAUCAAGACUAUGGCUAGUAUAAUUCAAGACGCACGACAAAGCCUAACGUGCUCGGAGCAUCACCCAGAAUCUCAAAGCUCCCUCAUUCAUUGCGUCGUUCAUCACCGGAUUGGUGUCGUUCCCGUUGGAGAACCGUCAAUAGAGGCCUUCGUAGCAUGCGGGAGGAUCCUCGAAGAGGUGAAACAAAAAGCACAGAUUUGGAAACGAGAAUACUACGAGGGAAUUGGAUGACAGCGAAGCAGAGUGGAAAGCUAACACAUAACAAGUCCAGGAAACCAUGAAUCAU